AUGUCUCGACUCUUGCGCCCAGCCUCUCGACUCGUUUCCUCCGCGUCCGGGGCCAGACCAGUAACUGCCCGAAGUGCUUUCCAGUCGUUUCCCAGAGUGCCAGCGAUUGUCCAGAGCAGAGGAUAUGCAAAGGAGAGUGGCGUGAAGGAGUACACAGUCAGAGAUGCCCUGAAUGAGGCUCUUGCGGAGGAAUUGGAGUCGAACCCAAAGGUCUUCAUUCUCGGCGAGGAGGUCGCUCAGUACAAUGGCGCAUACAAAGUCACCAAGGGAUUACUGGAUCGAUUUGGAGAUAAGAGAGUCAUUGACAGUCCUAUCACUGAGUCUGGAUUUGCUGGCUUGACAAUUGGUGCCGCAUUGGCUGGUUUACAUCCUGUCUGCGAGUUCAUGACCUUUAACUUCGCUAUGCAAGCAAUCGAUCAAAUCGUCAACUCUGCAGCAAAAACCCACUACAUGUCCGGUGGUAUUCAGCCCUGCAACAUCACUUUCCGCGGUCCUAACGGCUUCGCGUCUGGUGUCGCCGCGCAACAUUCACAAGAUUACUCGGCCUGGUACGGAAGCAUACCUGGUCUCAAGGUCGUCUCUCCAUGGAGCGCAGAGGACGCAAAGGGAUUAUUGAAGGCUGCUAUCCGUGACCCCAACCCAGUCUGCGUGCUCGAGAACGAGCUUCUCUACGGCCAAUCUUUCCCAAUGAGCGAGGCUGCGCAAAAAGACGACUUCGUCAUCCCCUUCGGAAAGGCCAAGAUUGAACGCGCCGGAAAGGAUCUCACUAUCGUCUCCCUCUCCCGCUGUGUCGGUCAAUCCCUGAUCGCUGCCGAGAACAUCAAGAAGAAGUAUGGCGUCGAGUGCGAAGUUAUCAAUCUCCGCUCCAUCAAGCCCCUCGACAUCGAAACCAUCAUCAACUCCGUCAAGAAGACUCACCGCCUCCUGUGCGUCGAGUCCGGCUUCCCAGCCUUCGGUGUCGGCGCCGAGAUCCUCGCUCUUACCAUGGAAUACGGUUUCGAUUACCUUGAUGCCCCUGCUCAGCGUAUCACCGGUGCUGAGGUCCCAACCCCAUACGCGCAGAAGUUGGAGGAUAUGUCGUUCCCUAAUGAGCCUCUGAUCGAGGCGUACAUUGCCAAGAUGCUGCGGUUGUAA